CUGCGUGGCCAUGAUGGCUUUGUUAACUGUGUCGCGUACUCGCCCGACGGACGGAUGAUUGCCUCCGCUUCCGUCGACUCGACUGUGAAGUUGUGGGACCCAGAGACUGGGUAUGAGCGCUGCUCGACGGAGGGACACGAGGCGAUGGUCAUGAGCGUCGCUUUCUCUCCCGAUGGACAGCGCAUCGUAUACGCGAUCGGAUACCGCGAUGCCGUUGUCAUCGUAUGGGAUCUCAAUACCGGCGAAAGGCUUGCGACGUUGACCGGCCAUGACGGCUUCGUUAACUGCGUCGUGUUCUCUCCCGAUGGGCGCACGCUCGCGUCCGCUGCCGUCGACGCGACCGUCAAGCUCUGGGACACCGACAGCUAUACGGAGCGCGCAUCAACGACUGAUCAUGAUGCCCUUGUCCUUGGAGUUGUCUUCUCACCAGACGGAUCGCGCCUCCUCUCCGGUGCCGCGGAUGGCGUUGCACGUCUGUGGGAUGCAACAGACGCCUCCGCUCUUCAGGCCUAUCAGGGGCAUGACGGUGUCAUCUACGAAGUUGCCUUCUCUCCCGAUGGCCGCAGGCUGGUCACCAGCUCUGACGACGGCACCGCCAGAGUGUGGGGCGCCGAAUCUGGAGACGAGUUCAUGAGAAUUAGCGAGAACUCCGGGUCGGUAUGGAUGGCGGUGUUUUCGGCAGACGGACAGCGCGUCCUGUCCGUGUCCAGCGAAGGAACCGUGAAGGUUGCGAACUCAUUCAGUGCCGAGCUGCUCGACACCAUCGACGGCGGCUCCGCAUUCGCGAGCGCGCCGACGCUGUCAGCGGAUGGUCGGUUUGUCGCUGCAGGCGGCGAAGACUACUCGUUGUCGAUCUGGAACACGGAAACGAAAAAGCGUAUCGCGAAGCUUCGAGGCCAUCUGGACAUCAUCACUCGCAUUUGUUUCUCUCCGGACAACGAGCGCAUAGUUUCAGCAGCGGACGACGGUCGUGUGCGACUCUGGCAGCUCAGUGAUCUCCCAUCCCCUCCUCCCUCAGAUGACGGAGAUGAGGCGGAGGAGCAUACAGAUGAGGGGGAUGAGGAAAACGAGGAGGGCGAGAAACGCGAGGUGGGCGAGGAUGAAGAAGAGGACGAGGAGGACUCGGUCAAGGAUAAGGACGAGGAGGAGGACUCGGCUGGCGCCCAGUGA